CCUGGAGCUGUUGAUAGUCUGGUCCAUCUGGGCCACUCACUCCCUGCUCACAGUCCCAGAGACUCCUGUCUCCAAAGGGGAAAACUUGUCAAGGACAGCCGUUGACAAGUGGGUCACAGACCACACUUCCUAUCACUGGUCAGGAGGAGAUAGCUAGCCAGGUCAGAACAGAAGGAGCUUUGAGAAGGCCGCCUGGCGUGCCCAAGCUCCCAGCGGGUGCUGGCCCCCAAGGUCACAUCCCGAGAGAUAGGGGCUGCCCUCCUGCACAAACAGCCCUGCUCGCCCAUAUAAGCCAGGGCAGCCCAGCCCCUGGAAGCACCCAGAAUGCAGGGCCCGCCCCUCUCUCGGCUGGCCCUGGUGCUGUCGGCGCUGGGGGCUCUGCUGAGGGCCGGGACCCCCAGGGAAGAGACCUCCAGCACCCCUACCUUGCCUGGGGAGCCAACUACAGACACCGGGGGGCUCAUCUUCCACCAAGACUGGGAAUGGCCACCCCCCAGCAUCCGGCCACCAGGCAGCGCUGGGGAUCCUCUGUGCCUGGUGACCCUGGGUGGGGGUGGCAAUGGGAGCAGUGCUCUCCUGCGGGUGGUGGGGGCCUUGAGUGGCUACGAGCAGGCCUUCCUGGAGGCUGUGCAGCAUGCCCACUGGGGCCCUCGCGACCUGGCCACCUUCGGGGUCUGCCCCUCCAGCGGUAGGCAGGCUGCCCUGCCCCACCUACAGCAGCUGCAGGCGUGGCUAGGGGAGUCCGGGGGGCGGCGGCUGGUGGUCCUGCACCUGGAGGAAGUGAUGUGGGAGCUGACGCCCUCGCUGAAGUUCCAGGAGCCUCCACCUGGAGGAGCCAGUCCCCUGGAGCUGGCCCUGCUGGUGUUGUACCCAGGAACCGGCCCUGAGGUCACCGUCACCGGGACUGGGCUGCCCGGCACCCAGAGUCUCUGUCCAGCUCCGGACUCCGGUUACCUGGUGCUGGCUGUGGACCGCCCGGAGGUGGCCUGGCGCAGCCCUGGGCUUGCUCUGACCCUGCGGCACCGCGGAAACGGUGCCCCCCUGAGCACUGCCCAGAUGCAGGCCCUGCUGUUUGGCGCGGAUUCCCGCUGCUUCACACGGAUGACCCCGGCCCUGUUGCUGCUGCCCCCACAAGAGCCUGUGCCUCUGUCCGCGCGAGGCCAGCUGGACUCGGUGCCCUUUCCGCAGCCCAAGGCGUCCCCGGAGCCCGAGGAGCCGCUCCCCAGCGCCGACCCGUUCCUGGAAACACUCAUGCGCCUGGUGCGCGCGCUGCGGGGUCCCCCGGCCCGAGCCUCGCCCCCGCGUCUGGCCCUGGACCCGGGAGCGCUGGCCGGUUUCCCGCAGGGCCAGGUCAACCUGUCGGACCCCGCGUGCGGCUGGCCGCAGUCGGACCGCAACCCGCGGUACGGCAGCCACGUGGUGCUCCUGCUGAAGAUGCAGGCCCGCGGCGUGGCCCUGGCGCGCCCGCCCUGCUGCGUGCCCACGGCCUACGCCGGCAAGCUCCUCAUCAGCCUGUCGGAGGGGCGUAUCAGCGCGCACCGUGUGCCCAACAUGGUGGCCACCGAGUGCGGCUGCCGGUGACCCUGCGCCCCAAGUGGCGCACUGGCCCGUAUUUAUCUGGAGCCCUUCAUCAGCCCAGUAAAGAGCAGAAAGCACGUGG